GAUUUAGUUACCGUCUUCUGGCUUUGCAGAGUGUUUUCCAGUUGUUCUGAAAAUUUGCUGAAUAUAUCAAAAUAGCCUGGAAUAUUGACAAAUAUUAUAGUGUGUGUGUGUAGCCCACUUACGCUUCGUCUGGCAUCGGCUUAUUGUUUGUUUUCUUUUUGUGUUCUUGCUGCUAGAAGGAGGAAAAAGACGGCGAAAGAAGAUGUACCGCAUCGUUGGAUUGGUGGGGUGGAUUGUUCUGGGCCUGGUAUCCGCUACGCCAUACCCGGAGCUGCCCGUUUCGAAUCUGCCGCUGUACAACGACGGAAUUUACUAUGAAGAGUUGAAAAUGCUUAAACUGCAGGCUAGUACGUGGACGCUGCGUGCGGAAUACGACAUGGAACAGUUUCUCGAGGAGCUGGCCACAGCCAACCGCACCGUGGGGAACCUUCUGAAGGCUUGUGCGGAAAUGCAAGCGAAAGGCGCUGGUAAUUGCGAGGGAAUCAGCAACAUCCGUGAGCUCAUGAGCGAGCUGAAUGAUUUCAGUGCGUUGUUGAUGAGCUUUUGCUCGGAUGAGGAUGGCAGGAACCAGCAGCAGAAUCACCGAAGGUCGCGUCGCGGUAUACUUCGCUCAUGGUUUGGCCUGAUGGACAGCGAAGAUAGACAGAAUAUCAACGAUAACUUCACGCGUGUCCACCAACAGCUAGAUAUCGAGGCAUCUACGUUGAAAUUGUUCUACAACACCACCAAUAAGGCGCUAGCGGCUUUAUCUGGCAAUUUGUUUCGCGUAGAUCCAGCCAAGCCGCACAAAAUUGAUUUCACCCGCGAAGGUCAGCUGCUGUUGAUGGACAUCCUGCUCAAUAAGAUAAUCGCCAAAAAGAACCUUUUCAUGGAGCUUCUGCAAAGCACCACCUCUGACCGGUUGAGCGAGAGUAUUAUCAGCCCGAACCGACUGCUUGACGAGCUACGCAAAGUAGAGCGGUUGCUACCCGUUGAGUUCCGGUUUCCGGUUGAUUUGCGAUUGCGCGAAGUGAUCAAGUUGUAUCCCCUGUCGAAGGUGGCAUCUUACGUUGAUGGUUGCAGGCUGGUGGUGAACAUCCUGCUUCCACUCUGCAAUCGCUCAGUAUAUCGAACGUUCAAAGGUACUCCUGUACCUACGCUAAGCGCCACAAACGAUCACCUGAUGGCGGUGAUCGUGCUCGACGAGGACGUGGUGGCAAUCGAUGAAACGACUGCGAUGGGCAUCGUCUUUCCCUAUGAAGAGUACACUGACUGUAUCCAUCUGGCCGAUUUCGUACUUUGCAAUGCUCAUCAAGUCAUACGUAAUCUAAACACCACGGAUAAGUGUGUAGCGUCUGCCUACUUAAAUCGCACGCAUCACGGAUCCGACUGUCGCGUGUCUCGCAUUCAGCUGAACCAUCCGCUUUGGAUACAGUUGGCCGAUCCGAACGCCUGGAUCUAUGUGGUCCCGAACUUUACCGACGUUACCAUUCUUCACGGUACCAAUCGUGUGAACGCAUUGACUCUACAUGGUGUCGGAAUGUUGCAGCUGUUACGUAUGUGUCGUGUGCGAUCAAAGGACGUGGUGUUACAGUAUGUGCCACAGCUUGGCGGUGCCGGUACCACCAUUAACUCGAUGGCAUCAAAUGGGUUUUCACUUCCCGUUACUAUUACACGCGAGUCGUCACUUGAAAUCGGUAGCAGCUCGGGGGAUGUUAGCCGUAUCAUACCGGCCGGUCGUCUGACCGAGCACGAGCUGCGCGAUUCUUCAAAAAGGGCUGGAAUCUAUCGCGAACCGUCAGCCACAUCACCGUGGGUCUUCGUAGGGAUCGCUUGUGGUACAUUUAUCGUUAUACUGUUCAUGAACAGGUUGAUUCCACUCGUUAUUACGGAAAUGAGGAGACGUAUGUCCUCACGACGGGAGCGAAUCCCGCAAACUUUGGACGAUAGUGGCCGAUUGGCAUCGCCAUCGGACGAUUCAGUGCGUGGUAGUCAAGAGCAAACCUGUAGUAUACCGACGGCACCGCCGCCGCCGUAUGAUCGUUAAGC